UCAUUUUGUCAGCACGGGAAUCGUCGAGGCCGUUCUUACUAACAGUCCCUCGUGUCAGUAUAAUCAUCAACGCUUGAGCGUCAGUGCCCUCGCGACAUACGCCAGUACCCCCACUAUAUCGUUAAUUUACACAAUCACUCGGGCGCAUCAAAUCCGGCAAGAUGGGUUGUGGUAUGAGCACGGAGGAGAAGGAGGGCAAGGCUCGCAACGAGGAGAUCGAGAAUCAGCUGAAGCGAGAUAAGAUGAUGCAGCGCAACGAGAUCAAGAUGCUUCUUCUGGGUGCUGGUGAAUCCGGGAAGUCGACCAUCUUGAAACAAAUGAAGCUUAUCCACGAGGGCGGCUACUCACGCGAUGAGCGAGAAUCCUUCAAGGAAAUCAUCUUCAGCAAUACCGUGCAGUCGAUGCGCGUCAUUCUCGAGGCCAUGGAGUCCCUCGAAUUACCAUUGGAGGACCAACGCAUGGAGUACCACGUUCAGACCAUCUUCAUGCAACCCGCCCAAAUCGAGGGCGACGUCUUGCCGCCCGAGGUCGGCAAUGCGAUCGAGGCUCUGUGGAAAGACCGAGGUGUUCAGGAGUGUUUCAAGCGAUCGCGCGAGUACCAACUGAACGACUCAGCGAGAUACUACUUCGAUAACAUUGUACGCAUCGCCGCCCCCGACUACAUGCCCAACGACCAGGAUGUUCUCCGAUCUCGUGUUAAGACAACCGGUAUUACUGAGACGACCUUCAUUAUCGGUGACUUGACGUACAGGAUGUUCGAUGUCGGUGGUCAGCGAUCGGAGAGAAAGAAGUGGAUCCACUGCUUCGAAAAUGUCACCACGAUUCUCUUCCUUGUUGCCAUUUCCGAGUACGAUCAGUUGCUCUUCGAGGACGAGACAGUCAAUCGCAUGCAAGAAGCUUUAACGCUGUUCGACUCGAUCUGCAACUCGAGGUGGUUCAUCAAGACGUCCAUCAUCCUAUUCCUAAACAAGAUCGACAGAUUCAAGGAGAAGCUGCCCGUCAGCCCGAUGAAGAACUACUUCCCCGACUACGAAGGCGGCGACGACUACUCGGCGGCUUGCGAUUAUAUCCUCAAUCGGUUUGUAAGCUUGAAUCAGCACGAGACGAAGCAGAUCUAUACACACUUCACCUGCGCCACGGAUACGACACAAAUUCGCUUCGUCAUGGCCGCAGUCAACGAUAUCAUCAUCCAAGAAAAUCUGCGUCUGUGCGGUCUGAUUUAGUUGUCGAAAUCGCGAGGGUCACCGGAGCAGUCCACGAUAGAAAAGCAACCCACAAAAAAUACCCCUUCCCCAGCAAACCAUC